AUGCCUUGCCCUGUUGAACUGAAGGAAGCGGGAAAGAAGAUUGCCGAGAAUUGUGAAGGUCUUCCUCUUACAAUCGUCAAAGUUGCUAAUCUCCUGUUCAAAGCUGACAAGACGACAGAGUACUGGAAUGAGGUAGCUGCUAAAAAACAACAUUCGGUUUUCUUGAAUGCAUAUGCGGAAAUGUUGGAGGUACUACUUCCAAGCUACUACUACUUACCUCAACAUUUAAAAGCAUUUUUUCUAUAUAUGGGAAUUCUCCCUCAGAAUUAUGGGAUCCCACUUUCCAAGCUCAUCAACUUAUGGAAGGCUGAGGGAUUUCUCGAACCAAAUCCGUUGACAGAUUUUGAACAAUUUGUUAAGAAAUGCUUGGAUGAGCUUAUUUCAAGAAAUGUUGUUAUUUUUCGCCGGAAGAUGUACUUCUUCGGUUCGUACUCAACGAGUGCCAAAAUUGAAAAGUACUAUCUAAAUUCUGCGUUCUUGUAUAUGUGUGUCAAAGAAGCUGGGAGAAGUAAGUUUUAUCAGGUCUUGAAUAGUUAUACUGAAGAUGCGGAGGAAGGUAUGAAAAGCCAACGCAGAUUGUGCAUCCACAAUAACGUAUUGUUCGCCAUCGAAGAUGCGUACAACUCAAUUGCAUCCGUUUCAACUGUACGGUCUCUGUUAUGUACCGGUCCGUAUCAUCAAUAUGCGGUACCGAUAUGUUUGGAGUAUUUGAGGUUGCUCAGGGUACUCGAUGCUCUUACAAUCCGUUUCUACAAGUUCCCAAUUGAAGUAUUGAUCAAGCUAAUUCAACUAAGGUACCUUGCCUUAACUUAUGAUGAGAAUCUCCCGGCUUCCAUAUCCAAACUUUGGAACCUUCAAUUUUUUAUUAUCCGUCAACAUCUAAGCAUUGUAAAAUCUCCCGAAAAUUCGUCGUAUUUGCCUAUGGAGAUAUGGGAUAUGAAACAAUUGGAGCAUCUUGAAAUCAUGGGUAAUGACCUACCAAAUCCUAAUUGUGAAGAAGAAUCUCUCUUACCAAACCUCUUAACACUCUUAGAUGUGAGUCCUAAAAGUUGCACCAAGAGUGUUUUUAAAAGGCUCCCAAAUCUCAAGAAAUUGGGAAUUCGAAUUGAAUCGGAGAGCAACGCAGACGAACUAUUGAGUUGCUUCGAUUAUAUUUCCCAUCUCAACGGACUCGAAACGCUCAAAUGUACUAUCGAGAAUCCAGUUUUCACAUCCGGGGUUGUUGUGGGUGCUCGACUUCCGAUUUUUUUCCCAAAAUGUCUUAAAAAGCUGUGUUUGAGUGGGCUUGGGUAUCCAUGGGAAGAGAUGACCAAGAUUGGUUCAUUGCCAAAUCUUCGAGUGCUAAAAUUGCAUUGCAACGCCUUUCGAGGCCCGAAAUGGGAGACACGUGGCGGGGAAUUUCCGAGCCUUGAGUAUCUCUUAAUCGAAGACAGUGAUCUUGCUGUCUGGACAAUCGGAGACAACAGCUUCAACUUGCUUGGGCACCUAAACAUCAGACACUGCUACAAGUUGAAAGAGAUUCAAGGGAAUUAUUUGAACUGCAUUAGAAAGAUUGAAGUGGUUGACUGCAACCCGUUAGCUGCAUAUUAUGCACGGCAAAUUUUGUUUGUUGGUAUCGAUGUACGCUCGUCGUGGGAAGAAGAUGACAAGAUCAAUGCUUGA